AUGAGUGUUUCUGAAGAAAUAAAUGAAUGUUUGGAUCGGACUCGUGAUUAUUCUGCGCACAAAGAUCCCCUCCAUGAGGCUAUACAGCGCAUAGAGGACAGGUUAUCCAAAAUUGAAUUUAAUCAAGGUUCUUUCCGUGGUCGCUCUGCGACAACAAAAACGUCCAGUAGAUUUCCGCCACCGGAAGUCAGUUUUUUGCCAUACCAGGCCAAUAUUGAACAAUCUUCUGAUCUGCCACACUUGGCCAAUCCAUUUACCCUCGGUCCUGACUCAUCGGCAGCCACCGCCGAAGGUCCUAUUCCUAAAAAUAUUCAGGAACAAUUUGACUGUGUGAAACAGACGGUAGACAAGGUGCUACCCCACUUGUUGUCUCAUCUCCAAGUUGAUAAGCUGGGUACCAGCCUGGAUUGGGGCACACUCUGUGUAUAUACCUGCUCCAACAGCUGUGAUGUGGGGAACCAGUAUGUGAAGGAAUACAUCUUCAAGCAGGACGUUGUGUGA